AUGGUACCCCUCGAUAAUGACGAGCAAUCUUUCAUGCAACUUUUCAAUCAACUGCCUUGGCUUUCGUUGCCCAUGAAUGACAAAUGUCGUUCGAAGCUCGUCCGAUAUUUCGAGCUCGAUGAGCUCCCGACAGUUGUCGCAAUUGGGCCGGAUGGGAAAACUGUCCAUCCGAACGUGGCUGAUGCUAUUGAGGAACACGGACUGAAAGCUUUCCCUUUCACGCCCGAGAAAUUUGCCGAGCUUGAAGAGAUUGAAAGGGCAAAAAUGGAAGCACAGACACUGGAGUCCAUUUUGGUUUCGGGCGGUCUCGAUUUUGUGAUUGGAAAAGAUGGGGUCAAGGUGAGCUUUUUUUCGAAAGAUUACCUUGUUUUGUUCAUUUUUUGUCUUAAUUGCAUAAUCGUCCCUGAAGUAUAG